AUGACUUGGGAUAGAACGCAAUGCAUCGACCUCAUCAAGUCUUGUAACUCGCUCUCUAGCGCCAAAUCUCUCCACUCGCGCCUCCAGCUCUCGUUCGAAUCGGAUGUCUACGUGCUCAACCGGGUCGUGCAGAUGUAUGGGAAAUGCGGGGGCGUGGAGCAAGCCUGGAUUGUGUUUGAUGGCAUCCAGAACAAGAACGAUUUCUCGUGGUUUGCGAUGCUAGGCGUUUACAUCCAGAAUGGGAGAAUUGCGCAGGCCGAGUCGUUCUUCGAUUCGAUGCCGCGGUGGGAUCUGUUUGUGUUGACGUCGCUUCUUGUUGCAUUUGCCCGAUCUGGGAAUUUGCCAAAAGCCAAGGCCUUGUUUUACCAGAUGCCUGAAUGGGAUGUUCUCUCCUGGAACUCACUUCUUUCCAUGUAUGCGAAAAAUGGAAACCUUGUUAAGGCAAAGGAUGUCUUUGAUAAUAUGGAAGAAAGAAAUCUCUCCUCUUGGAACUCGUUACUAUCUGCUUAUGACCAAAACGGGCAUCUUGAAGAAGCUAGAUCAGUGUUUAAUACCAUGCCUGAGCGAAGCAUGGUAUCUUUCUCUGCCAUGCUAGCGGCAUAUUCCAGCCAAGGGCACAUUGAAGAGGCGAGAGCGCUGUUUGAUUCUCUCCCGGAGAGGGAUAUGGUGACGUAUACAACGAUGCUUUCGGCAUAUACGCAUCACGGGCAUCUUCACGAGGCAGCAUCUCUCUUUGGCAGAAUGGACGUCCACGAUCUCGUGUCAUCCACGGUCAUGCUGGGAGCGUUUGCUCAAAGAGGAAAUGUUACAGCCGCCAGGAGAAUAUUCGACACAAUGGAGCAACGGGACUUGGGAUCCUUCAAUGCAAUGAUCUCUGCUUACGUGCAAAACGGGCAUCUCGACAAUGCGAGGUAUUUGUUCGACCGUAUGGAAGUGUGGAAUAUGGUGACGUGCUGUACCAUGACAACAGCAUAUGCCCAAACUGGGCAUCUUGAAGAAGCAAAACACGUAUUUGAGAAUAUGCCCGAUCAGAAUGUAGUGACGUGUAAUUCCAUGCUGUCAACUUAUGCCGCAAACGGCCACGUGGAGGAAGCUAAGCAGGUGUUUGAUUCGAUGCCUGAGACUGACGUGAUCUCAUACACUGCCAUGCUUUCAGCAUAUUCCCAGAACGGGCAUCUCGAUGAGGCGAGGAGAUUCUUUGAUUGGAUGGGAGAACGCAAUGUGGUGUCCUGGAAUGCAAUGGUAUCGGCGUAUUCGCAAGCUAGGAAUCUAGAGAAAGCCAGGGAAGUCUUUGAUAGGAUGGACGUGAGGGACUCGGUGACGUGGACUGCUAUGCUGGCAGCAUAUUCCCAGAGAGGUCAAAUGCACCAUGCCCAGAAGCUCUUUGACCAGAUGCCUGAAAGAUCAAUGGAGGCGUGGACGUGUCUCAUCGGUGGGUAUGCACAGAAUGGGCAUCCCAACAAUGCUUUGGAAUUAUUCCCAGAGAUGAAUGCACUUAACACCACACCCGACGAGAUCUCUUUCAUUUGUGUGCUUCUCGCCUGUAGCCAUGCUGGAAAAGUAUACAAUGGUCGAAGCUGGUUCUUGUCAAUCACAUUGGAUUUCCAAAGAAGUCCUGGGAAGCUACAUUAUAGCUGCAUGAUCGAUCUUCUUGGCCGUGCUGGAUACCUCGACCACGCAAGAGAUCUGAUCAAGGGCAUGCCUUUUGCUCCGGAUGCACUGGAUUGGAUAUGCUUGCUUGGGUCUUGUAGAGCUCACAAAAACGCCCAAAUUGGAUCCCAUGCCAUGGAGGAGGUGAUUGCACUGAAUCCAAAGAAUGCAGCAGCAUAUACCUUACUUGCCAACACAAAUUUUGAUUCCUAA